AGAAAACCAAAAGAAGAAGGAUGUUGUGGAAUAAUGUUUACGUGAUUCCAGCAGGCAAGCGGUUGUUCCAGUUUAGUCUCAGUUAAGCCUACAAAGUGCACCAAAUGGGGAGGUAUAAAUGUGUCUACAACUGCGAAAGCUCCAGUGAUUCAGAUUUAAAGUGUUUUAAGUAAGUAUUGGCGUUUGUUCGUAAGAGACUGUUAAACCUGAUGCUUGACGGGCUAACCAAGCUAAUGUAAACAAUAGCAACUGCCACCUUAGCUAUAAUGUUUUUAUUUCUAUCUGUUUAACAAGUGGGGAGUUUGUUUUGCAGAGUAGGUUGUUCUAAGGUGCAGCUGUAGUUCUAAAUAUAAAUAGGACAACAUUUUAUUGAUACUAUUAAUUCUUUAUCCUCUUGGAAUAGUUUAUGUCUAUAAAAUAUAAGCGGUUAAUAGGGCAAAAGUGUUAUUAAAGUGUUUUCCAUCCUUUGAAAACAGCGAAAUUUAGUUUGAAACCUAAUCGUUUGUUUGCUACCACAGAUUUCCUCUAUACAAUCCACGCAAACUUAAACAAUGGUUAAACAACAUGAAGUUGGAGGACUGGACCCCCUCUCGCUUCUCUGUGCUGUGCAUCAAUCAUUUUGAGGAGCAGUACAUAGACAGGACUGGCAAAUGUGUAACACUCACAGGCAAUGCUGUUCCCACCCUGUUUACUUCUUCUGAUGACAUACAGAAAGCAAAGGUUUGGAGCUAAUACAUUGAAAAUAAAACCCUAAUUUUGACAAUAUUCUCAAAUAAGAUCUCAUGCACAACUCUCAUCCUGUUGUAGGCUCCCAUCAGCCCAAAAAGAAAGCCUGGCAAGGUAAGAACAUACCUGGCAAGAUCAAAUAGAUCUGUCAAACAUUUGUGAUCUAGAAAUCAAUAAUUUUUAUUUUUAUUUUUUAAUUUCCAGGCUUGUUUUAUUUUGACUAAGCCUAUUGGCCAUAAAUGAGUACAGCAGUUCUGUCAUGAUUGUAGCUGUCUUUGCUUCAAAGUCUCAGGGCCAGUAUCUUGAAGGGUUCGGCCCAAAUCAAACCUCUGAAGAAAACGUGUUCUUCCCCUAUUUUGUGAACCCAGCAACCUGCUGUCAAAGCCACACAGACGAGUUCAACUCAGUGCCUUACAUCCACUCCAUCCACAGCAAAGCCCAGUACCCACAACAAAGAGCCCGGCCAUGCAGAAGAGCCCCCUGGGUAUGUGAACCUAGACAGAGAAUUGUCAGAGAAAACAAUCUAAUUGUGUAUGUUCCCAGUGAACCAAUUCAUGUGAUUGUUCCCUUUUUAAUGUGUUUGGCUGUAUUUUAUUUACAGAGACAAAGAGCAAAAUAUGCCUGAAAGAUGGAGGAUUAUAGUUGAUGAAGGACUGAUGAAGAUUAAGUCGUUUCCACAUUUCUUUCAUGGAGAUUACUGUGUGCCACAGGUAACUGGUCGGAAGAUUUUUCAAUACUUAAUAAUACAAAGGGAGUACAUUUUAAGUAUGAGCUGUGAUUUCAUAACACUGAUUUGGCAUGAAGAAGUAGAAGCAUUUUGUUGUGAGCUGUUACUAUGAGCCCCAUAAAAUGAUCACUUUCAUUAUGUGCGCACAAUUUAUUUUACUUGCUCAUGGUAAAUAUUGUGUACACACCAGACACUAAGGGUAGUCACAUUUUCACCUCGGGAUUAUCACGGCCAAAAAACUCUGGUGUUGGUUAUUGCAAUAGCCUUCAUACAAAUGAUGGAAUUGAUCACCCUUGCAGCACUUUAGGGGCUCUGUAUUUGAUUUGUUUUAGUUGAUUAUCAAUAAUUUUUGUUUAAUCUUUAUAUUCAUUUGUGUAAUUCUUUACAUGCACCAGAGGGACCUUCAGUGGGCUCCAGAUGACAGUUUAAGUGUGAGUUGUCUUGUUGAUUUGAAACUUCAUCUAAUUAUGCAGUUUAAGCUGAUUUCUUUUUUAGAUUUAUAAUCCACACAUCAUCAGUGUGGAGUAUUUUAAUCAAAUAUGUGUUUGUAAUUUCCACAGGCAGAGUACAAAGAUCCUGAAAAGGUUAUAAAGGUUAGUUUCAAUAGAUUUUAAUGGACUUCAUUGAACAACAGUUAGAGACUAUUACCAUCAUUCUUUGAAUGUCUUCAUGAUGUGCUGUGAUAAUAUCAGGUGACAGAGCCGUGGCAGUGGCUUGGUCUGGAUGUCAGAGGACCCUUACCUGAAACUCUGAAUGGACACAGAUACAUGUUGACUUUGACAGACUACUUUUCUAAGUGGGUAGAAGCUCUGCCUAUGGAUGCUUUGCUCCCUGAACAUGUGGCAAAGCAUAUAGUGGACAUCAUCGACCACUUUGGAUUCCCGCUCAGGAUCCUCUCCAGACUACCGUGUGACAUGGUCCAAAAAGUGAGUGAACUGAUGAUUGAAGUGGUUGCAUUUCUGUUGGAAAGUUAAGCCCUCUUUAUGACCUGUUUUGGACUAAUUAAUCCAAGUCAUAUUAUUCAUUUCACACCUUCUGUUAAAUGUGAAGGUUUCUGAAGGACCAACUAGAUCACUCAUGACUCAAAGUCUGAUUUUGGAGGUUUGGGAAAGGCACCCAAAAGACACUCAUGUGACCUUAAAGAAAGUCCAAGAUGAUGUUUUAGUUCUCAGAAUGAGGUGAAGAAAUAGGAACUGUAUGUAAGAAAUGUUACAGUUUGAUGAAUUUUAAUUUUACUCCACUCACUGCAAAGACACACAGUUUUUGUACUACUGAGUGUUGGUUGACAUGUUGUAUCCUCAUCAGCAGAUGUCUCACUUGGAUCAUCUCUCCUCAUUUUAGAUUAACAAAGAACUGAAAGAGCACCUUAAGGUCACCAUUUCACUUGUUGUCCAUCAUCGGCAGACGGGCUCCGCAGAUCUGACCACAGAGCAGCUGAUUGACAGGUCUGUACAUGCACAGUUUGAAGAAUCGUCUACAGCUCAUUUUCAGAGUCAUAUGCAACAUUUUUCAUUCACAUUAUACUGUGCAAAAUGUGUGCUCAAAGAAAUUGGCAAUUACCCUUUCAUUUGGCUGUGAUGUUCCAGAAAUUGAGCCACUUCCUGGGAUGAUUUUUAAUAAAGGUAGGGAGAUUAAGAAUAAGAAUAAGAAGAGCUUUAUUAAUCCCUGAAGGAAAAUUCAAUUGUCUGUUGUCUCACAUAAUAUGUCUCUAAAAAUUGAUCUAUUAUUUAUUACUAUUUAUUAUUUACACAAGAAAGAGUAGUUAUGAAACCUAACCCAUUUUGUGGUAGUCUCAAUAUUUAUGCUCUGCUGAUAAAUGAUAACCUACCAAAUGGCUCUGAAUGUUCCCUCAGGGCCUGGUUGCGAAGCCUAGACCUGAAUCUAGGCUUCAAAGCUGGAAAAAGAAACUAAUUUAAGCUGUAUCACUAUGGCAAAUGGCAAAAUCACACACAAUUCAUUUCUAAAUGCCUUUAUCGGACCUUCACUGAUGCAUAUCUCAGCAGAAAAAAUGUGACAAGAACAAAUCAAGAUAUUUGAUCAAUCUGUUACAAUAGAUCACCUGCAAUUAAAAAAACAAACAAACAUGUCUUUAUGUUUCAACCUGUCCCCUUCUUCAAAAGGAUGGUCAGUGAUCUAGUGGAGGAGCACUCACCUGACUGGGAUGUCUACCUGCCUGCCAAAGUUUUCAGUCUGUGCUUCACAGAGAAUUCUCAGACAAAGGAGAGACCCUUUUCAGUGCUCUGCUGUAAGGAACAAGAACCAGUCAAAUCUCCCCGAGGACUGGAUGUAAGUGGAGUUAUUGAACAUCUCAGCCUGGCUUCAUAAAAUCCUUUAUGUUGACUCUGAAGAUCUUGACAUUUCAUUUCACAGUGCACAGAUUCCAAGAUCCAAGAGAGCACCUUUGUGGUGAGAUAGAGUGAGUUUGGUAUUUUUUCGUUUUAAGUGGAAAAAAAGGCAACAUUUCAAGUAUUUUACAGACUGCAUUGUGCAACUCACUCAGUGUACUUAAUUUUCAGCUCAACUGAUGUGGAAAUCAGUCACUUUGGUUUUGACAUGGAGUAUAGACAAGUAUUGGAUUUUCACUGUACAUCAUGUCCAUGGUGAGAACCAGGUGCCAAGUGUACCAGCAGGGCAAAAAUAAAGUUGUCUGCACUCCUCCUGACAGACUAAGCUACAACCAACUCUUGGACUCCAACUUACUCAGCCCAACCCAGUUGUAGCAGCACCCUUCUAACAUGGACACAAAAUUUACACGAUCAUGCAGCUGGAGAACUCAACCCUGGGAGGACCAGCAUGAGAGCAUUUUUGACACAACACAUAACAAAAGACACCCCUAAGCCUUCUCCUCUUCUUGGGACUCAUGUCAUUUUCAACCUGUAAAUUAAACGCAGAUCUUCACUUAUACCCAUUUUUUCAGAUCAGUAAAUUUUUUUUUUCCUUUUUGUUAUCUUGUUUAUCUCAGCAACAUUUAACUUUGUUCAAAUGAUGAAAAGCAAAGCUGAAGAGGAUUGCUAGGAUUGAAAAAGGAAGUCAUUUUUGGUUGAACAAUUUGAGCAUAAAGAUACAACUUUUUUUUGUUGACAUGAAGGUUCAGUUGUAUUUCCUUUCUAACCUCCUGUUGUCCUAAACUGGUCGAUUCUCCAAAGCAUUUUAGCAGGAAAAAAUGUUGUUUUUUAUGCCCAUGUCAUGUAAAAUAUGUCAAUAAACAUGAAUUUUGAUACAAACACAUUUGAUUACAUUUGCAUUAUGCAGUAAUAGAAAAAAACUCCUCUUACAGAAGACAAAUGUAAAUAGAUAUCUGUUAUCUCUAUGCAUGGUGUGAGCACCCUUAACCAUGCUCUCAUGAGUAGGUACCAGUGAUUGUUCAGUAUUCAUGACAUCUGCAAAUAGAAGAAAAUCUCUGGCUGUUUCUUAGUUGUGUCUACACUGCUCUAACAAUUUCUGUCUUGCUUAAACAAGUGAGAGCUUCUGUGAGGGAUUUUCAGUUUGUGUUAUUUUGGUACCCCUUGUGGACAAAGCAGUUCCUUACACCUCUUGGAAGACUUGGUCUACUAGUGCAUGUGUAAGUGGCUGAUUUAGCAGAAUGCAGUAUACCUCUUUGUUUGGCACCUACUCUGUCACAGGGAUUUCAGCUGCAAAACCCAAAUAUGUUGGUGAUGAUCUGGCUUGAUUUUUGUAGCCCACAAAGAGUCUGUUUUAUUACCAGUUAAAAACUACUCAAUGGAGCACAACUCUCUUCAACAGUUGAAAGCCACACCUGAGUACAGGAGGACAGGCUAAAUGGUCAGUUUCUAAUGUUGUGCCCCGAACAAAGAAAGCUGUUCUUCUUUCAGUGUUACUUUUGGAAGCACUGUACUUGCCACAUUGUCCUGACAGUCAAAAAACGUGUGGCUGAUGGUUUGAGGUGUAUGUCACAGCUGUCGUCAGUCCAUUUGUCCCACUCACUCAGAGGAGGAACUAAGUCCUCCCACAUAAACGAAUUCCAAAUAAACAGCUGUUUAUUUUAUCAAGAAGGGAGGUAACACAAGGCUCUCUCCAGAGAACAAAUAAGAUGGCCACCACAAUAACAACCAAAACUUGUGUUUGUUUUAAGAUACUUAUUUGAUUGGGCUGUUUUAAAUUGAGGAUAGUGGCAUAGUUUUCUCAGUUUUGAAACUGCUUUUAAAGAUAUGAGGGAAAGACAAAGAAAGUUUUAAACUUCAUCCUACACCCUUUUGGACACAUACUGCUUGCAUGUAUGAAAUAUGUUCGCAAACUUUUAUUUGCGUUUGCAAUUUGUGCAUAUAUGUAUUUUGUUUUCAAUAUGUUUGAAUAAAGAAAUAACCAGUA